GUGACCGGCGGAGCGCCGGGUGUCAGUGAGCCGCGAGGAGCCGCGCGCCCCCGUGCCCGCGUCGGUCCCUGCGCCGAGCGCCCGCUCCCGGGUCUGAGGGUCCGCCCGGCGCCGCUCGCAGAGCAUCCUCAGGGCCGCGCACCUGCCCCGCGCGCCCGCCCCGCGCACCUGCCCGCCGCCCGCUCGGCGCCCCCGGCUCCGCUGCCUCAGCCGCCCCGCGACUGCGCGGGAACCCCGGCCGUGCCUCCGCGUCCGCCCCGCGCCGCAGCCGGGCCGGGGCGCAGCGCUGCGGAGGGCGAGGGCCUCCCGGAGCCCGGCCAGGGCCGCCGCGGCGAUGAUGAACAGGUUCCGAAAGUGGCUCUACAAACCGAAGAGGUCGGACCCGCAGCUGCUUGCCCGGUUCUACUACGCCGACGAGGAGCUGAACCAGGUGGCCGCGGAGCUGGACAGCCUGGACGGGCGGAAGGACCCCCAGCGGUGCACGCUGCUGGUUAGCCAGUUCCGCUCCUGCCAGGACAACGUACUGAACAUCAUUAACCAGAUCAUGGAUGAGUGCAUCCCCCAGGACCGCGCCCCGAGGGAUUUCUGCGUCAAGUUCCCUGAGGAGAUCCGGCACGACAACCUGGCUGGCCAGCUGUGGUUCGGAGCUGAGUGCCUGGCCGCCGGCUCCAUCAUCAUGAACCGGGAGCUGGAGAGCAUGGCCAUGCGCCCGCUGGCCAAGGAGCUGACGCGCAGCCUGGAGGACGUGCGGGGCGCGCUCCGCGACCAGGCGCUGCGGGACCUGAACACCUACACGGAGAAGAUGCGGGAAGCGCUGAGGCACUUCGACGUCCUGUUCGCCGAGUUCGAGCUGAGCUACGUCUCGGCCAUGGUGCCCGUGAAGUCUCCCAGAGAGUACUAUGUGCAGCAAGAGGUCAUCGUGCUCUUCUGCGAGACAGUGGAGAGGGCACUGGACUUCGGGUACCUGACCCAGGACAUGAUUGAUGACUACGAGCCGGCCCUCAUGUUCAGCAUCCCCAGGCUGGCCAUCGUGUGUGGCCUCGUGGUCUACGCGGACGGCCCCCUGAACCUGGACCGCAAGGUGGAAGACAUGUCCGAGCUGUUCCGGCCCUUCCACACGCUGCUGCGGAAAAUAAGGGAUUUGCUCCAGACGCUGACGGAGGAGGAGCUCCACACGCUGGAACGGAACCUCUGCAUUUCCCAAGACGUGGAGUUCCCCAUCCGCGCCGACGUGCCGGGGCCCGCUGCCCUGGCACCUGCCCUCUCUGCUCCUCUCCCGCCCGAGGGGCCACUCUCAGCCAAGGCCAAAGACCCAGAUGCAGAGCUGGCCUGCUCCAUGCAGUACGACGACCAGGAGCUGGAACAGCUCAGCCGCAUGGUCCACAGGGCGGGGGACGAGAUGUCCUCUCUGCUGUCACCACCCAGUGCCUGCCAGUCCCCCGCACACAGGCCGGGACCCGAGGGCAGCCCGGGCCGGGAGGCCUCUCCAGGCAGAGCCCGCCUGCGGUCGGGCAGUGAUGAGGAGGAUCGAGUGUUCUUCAUGGAUGACGUGGAGGGGUCGGCAGAAGCCCCGGCCAGGCCCGAGUCCCCAGGUGGCCGAUUUGGGUGGGCCGGCAGUGCCCAGGCCGACCGCCAGGAGAAAGGGCAGGGCGGUCCGGGCGGCGCAGCGCGGGUGGACGUGCCCGCCUCGGAAAAGGAGCAGGACUUGUGCAACAACAACCACCCCGAGGCCCAGGGCGCGGGCAAGGCCAGCCUCGCGGGCUCCAGCUCCUGCAGCUGCCUGGACUCGCGGCUGCGCCUGGACGGCUGGGAGGCGGGUGCCGACCACGCCGAGACGGCAGAGAUGAUCGCCCACCGGACGGGGGGCAUGAAGCUCUCGGCCACGGUCAUCUUCAACCCCAAGUCGCCCAGCUCCUCAGACUCUGCCGUCGCCACCCAGGAGACCGCCUCGGAGCCCGUGGCCGGGGGGGUGGAUGGCGGCCCCCACAAGCUUAGCGCUGCAGCCACCAACUGCCUCCUGCAUUCCUGCGUGUGCUGCGGGAGCUGCGGGGACAGCAGGGAGGACAUGGUGGAGCGUCUGCAGAAGUGCAGCCCGGGAGGCGUCAUUGGCGCCUCGUAUGCUGCCGGCUUAGCCAAGGCCAGCGACGGGACCGCUGAGGGACAGGGGGAGGCGCCCCCACCCGCGGAAGAUGCCUCCGACGGGCAGGAGCCCCAAGCCCCCACUUCCAACAAGUGCCUGCCUCCCAUCUCAGGUUCCCAAGUGGACACAGCGAAUGGGCCGCCAGGAGAGGCCAGGGCUGCAGGUCAGCCGGAGCCCGAGGCCAGAGAGCUGGAUGCCGGGAGCCCCUCGGCCCAGGAGGCGCCUCAGCCCCUGUUGGGCUCCAGCAGCUCCGCGGCUGGGUCUUGCUCCUCAGACAAGACGGGGCCAGAGGCGGCCCCAGCAGCCACGCCCGUCGCCCCACAGGCCACGAGAGAGAAGAUCCGGUCCAGGUUCCAUGGCAGCCACGACCUUAUUCACCGCCUGUUCGUCUGCAUUUCAGGUGUGGCUGACCAGCUGCAAACAAACUAUGCCAGUGACCUGAGAAGUAUUCUCAAAACGCUGUUUGAGGUCAUGGCCACCAAGCCAGAAGCAGAUGACAAGGACAAGUUAAGGAAGGUCACCCAGACUCUGCGGAGUGCAGCCUUGGAGGACUGUGCACUGUGCCAGGAGACUCUGUCGUCCUCGGAACUGGCAGCCAAGACCCGCGAUGGGGACUUUGAAGAGCCCCCUGAGUGGGUGCCAGACGAGGCCUGUGGCUUCUGCACGGCGUGCAAGGCACCCUUCACCGUCAUCCGCCGGAAGCACCACUGCCGCAGCUGCGGGAAGAUCUUCUGCUCCCGCUGCUCCUCACACUCAGCGCCGCUGCCCCGCUACGGGCAGGUGAAGCCGGUCCGAGUGUGCACCCAUUGCUACGUGUUCCACGUCACACCCUUCUACAGCGACAAGGCCGGCCUGUGACGCAGCGCCAGGGGCAGCCCAAACCCGCCCUGGGCCAGGAACCUCCAGGAAGGAGGGGCAGUGCUGCAGGCGGGUCUCACAGCGUCUCAUGAGCCCCCGCCACUCCAGGGCUGCCCAGACCUCUAGAGUAUCCAGAGCCUCUGUCUCGCCCACCCUGCCUCCCCGCAGGGACCCCAGCCGGCUGCAGGGGCUGACAGGAGGUCAGCUUUGCCCAGCAGUGGACCCGGAGGAGCCUGGUGGCUUGCCCAGGGCAGGGUGCCUGGCGGGGAAGGCACGUCGGAGCUCUUCGGGGGCUGUGGGAAUCGGGGUGGGUGCUGGAGGUGGGCGGGAGUGGGGCCGCUCCGCUGCCUCUGCUGUGGUGGUGAAUCUGGAAGCCGGAGUGAGGGCCACUCUGCAGGCUCUGCGGUGCAGCAGGACUCCCCACGUGCCUCCCAAACCCAAAAUGCAGGCGGCCCAUUCUCCCCCACAGCGGCCCACCUCGUUCCCCAGCCCUCGCCCCGCCACCCCCAUCCUUCCUCAGGACGUGGCUAAACAACAUGCAUCUCAUUCCUUCUUGGAGCGGGGACAGGCGGGAAGCUGACCCAGCGGUCCUCUAGGGAGGCAGGGUGCUCCCUCCUGCUGAUGGCGUGGGGGUCUGACCAGGCGCUGACGCCAUAGGCAGAGGUUGCUGGGGGCCUUGGGUCGGGCUUACCAAUCAGCCAGGACGCCCGGGGCCACCAGCGUGGCCACCACCUCUCCUUCCCUCUGCCCCCCCGGGAACCCUGCCCAUUCCUCACACCCCAGAGCGGCCUGGGACCCAGGCUGCCGCAGCCGAGUGGCCCAGCAGACACCUCCUCAGGCUUAAAUCUCAGGCUUCACGUUGUAAUGACGAUUGCAGUUUUAUUUUUGGAGAUGACACACCUACUGCUUCUUUUCUAGGAUAAACCUGAUUACUAUUUACUGGUGGAGUGCACAUGCUAGAAGUGGCUUCUGGCAGGGGAGUAUAUAAUGGAAGAAAUAUUAUGUAUCGAGAUUAUAUUUAUUUUCUAAAUGCUGUAAUUCGAAGCCAUUUCCAUAAAUCUAUUGAAGAAUUGCA